GAAGAUUUCUUUCAGAAGGGAGGCGAGAGGGACGGGGGAGGAAGAGAGAGAGAGGAGGAGGGUUUUGGUGAUUGAGGGGGGAAGGGGGCGGGUGUUUGGGUUGAAGGAUUGAAUCUCCACGGGAGGAUCGUUGUCCUGAUCGGAUCCGCGCCGUCGGUCGCCGAUCCUCGCGGUGCCGAGGGCGGAUCAGACGGCCGGCGUUCUUCCACUAUAGUCUGGCGCGCGUUCCCUCACCAGAUCUUGGCUUGCGGUUUGACUUCUUUUACUUUGAUUGACUUGAUGGCUUCGCAAAUGUAGGGGGAUCAUCUGAUUUUCGUCUCCCCUCUCCACCGCUACGUGUUCUUUGCUUCUUUUUGUGUGAGGUGCUAUCCAAUUCAUGGUCGUGACUGUGCAUCUUCCUCUCUCCGUAACUGCGUCAGCCUCUGUGUUUGGCGUGCGGACGAAGAAGAGGAGGAAGACUUUUCCUGUUGCCUCCCUUGGCAACUUUGCUCUACAACUUCCCACAUUCCAUGUCUCCUAACUUGGACAGCCCUGUGCAGACCCAGAUGGCAGUUGCAAUCCUGAACCAAACCCUUAGCAGUGAGUGCCAGCAUAACAAGAAUGGUGAAGGGAAGCCUGUGGGAAGAAGGCGUGUAUUUGUCCAAACUGAGACUGGCUGUGUCUUGGGUAUUGAAUUGGACCGUAGGGACAGUGCCCAUACUGUGAAAAGGAAACUUCAGUUAGCCCUCAAUGUCCCUACUGAGGAGAGCUCGCUCACAUUUGGUGAUCUUGUUUUAAAGAAUGAUCUUAGUGCUGUGCGGAGUGAUUCUCCACUUCUCCUCACCAGGAAUUCAAUACACAGGAGUUCCUCUACCCCGUGCCUCUCUCCCACCGGAGGGGAUCUCCAGCAAAGGGAUAGGAGUUGUCCAAUUGAAAUCUUAGGGUGCUCAAGCCACUGCUCUCGAAUGAAACAGCUUGUCAAGGAUGUUGUUAACGCAAUAAGAAGUGGUGUGGAUCCGAUACCUGUUCACAGUGGACUUGGGGGUGCAUACUACUUCAGGAGCAGCAGGGGUGAGUGUGUUGCAAUUGCGAAACCGACAGAUGAGGAGCCAUUUGCGCCUAACAAUCCAAAAGGUUUUGUUGGGAAAGCCCUUGGCCAGCCAGGUCUUAAAAGGUCAGUUCGGGUUGGUGAGACCGGCUUUAGGGAGGUUGCUGCGUACCUUCUUGACCAUGAUCACUUUGCAAAUGUGCCCCCCACGGCCCUUGUCAAGAUAACUCACUCGGUGUUCCAUGUGAAUGAUGGGGUCAAUGCUAAGAAUACUAAGAUCUUUGACAAGAAACGACAGGUUAUGAGCAAGAUAGCUUCAUUCCAGCAGUUCAUUCCCCAUGACUUUGACGCCAGUGAUCAUGGGACUUCAAGCUUCCCGGUCGCUGCUGUACACAGGAUUGGGAUACUCGAUGUUAGAAUCUUCAACACAGACAGGCAUGCUGGAAAUCUCCUGGUGAGGAAGCUUGAUCGUGGGGUUGGUAAAUUUGGGGGACAGGUGGAACUGAUCCCUAUUGAUCAUGGCCUCUGCUUGCCAGAGAGCUUGGAGGACCCCUAUUUUGAGUGGAUUCACUGGCCGCAGGCAUCCAUCCCAUUUUCUCAGGAUGAACUUGAGUACAUUGCCAAACUUGAUCCAGUGAGAGAUUCUGAUAUGCUCCGAAUGGAACUGCUAAUGAUCCGUGAAGCAUGCCUUAGGGUCUUGGUCCUUUGCACAAAUUUCCUCAAAGAAGCUGUAGCUUUUGGGCUUUGCCUAGCUGAGAUUGGUGAGAUGAUGAGCAGGGAGUUCAGGGGAAUGGAAGAAGAACCGAGCGAGUUGGAGGUUGUUUGCAUGGAAGCGAGGAGGUUGGUAGCAGAAAGAGAGAUAUUUUCUCCAAAAGCCGAAAUAGGAGAUGAAGAUGAUUUUCAGUUUCAUAUUGAUUGUGGAGAAGAAGAUGAUUACGUGUUGUACAAAUCGCUGCCGCGAUCCUAUGGUUUGGGGUUCAAAUGGGGAAGUUCUAGGAACCCUUUGUCAAAAUUACAGGAGAGCAUGGAGGAGGAGGAAGAAGAUGAUAAGGCUAACAAAGAUUGCAAGGUGGAGGAAGUUGCUAGCUUCUCUCCUGUUCAUGAGCGGAUUCCAAAUGUCUCGAAGUUGUCUGUGUCAUUGAAGGGUGUCGGCAUCGCGGAGAAAACUCCAGGGUACCAGGUUGAGGUUCCAAAAGGGGAUAUCACUACCAGUAAAAAUAACAGUAAUGGAAGUGCAAAUGAGCAGCUUCCAACAAGCACGAGCUUUGUGAAGCUGGCAGACAUGGACGAGGAAGAAUGGGGGGCUUUUCUCGAUAAGUUUCAGGAGCUGCUGCACGCUGCAUUCCGUGGCCGGAAGAGUAUGGCGGCAGGUCAGAGGCAGAAGCAGAGGCUGGGGACUUCUUGUCAGUUUUGAGUAGGAGAUUAAUUAAGAAAGGAGGAAGUAUGGGGUGUUCGUGUGUUUGCAGUUUGUUUUUGUUUCUGCCCUUUCUUGUAGGUGUAAUGUAAGGAGAAUAGGGAGGUCAAGAAUAAUGGUCAGGCAUGCGAGUGACGGGCAGGGGAGGUGAAAAAUGGAGGUAGCGCUGCUCCCGUAUAUAUUUUCUAGGUUGGAUUAUUAGUUGCACGAAGGUGAGUGUGAUGGCCUGCCUUUUCUUAUUAUGAUAUGCCCUUUUAGAUAAUAUUGCCACAAAUAAGAACUUAUGUAUAUUGUUCGAAAUGUUAUCAUGGUAAGCAACUCUACUCACUGGUGUUUAUGAUAUAAUCUUUUAAAAAAUAUAUUCAUGUUUAGGCUGGA